AUGGCUUCUUCAUCUUCACUGCCACAGCAAGCUGUCACUAAACGGCAGGCUGACAUGGCGCUGAUGCCUCCUCCGCCACCUGCCAAGAAGAUCAAGCGACCCUCCACGGUCCUUGACGAGGACACCUACACGGAUGCAUUGUCACAUAUUAUAGCACGAGAUUUUUUCCCGGGCUUGCUGGAAGUUCAAACGAAACAGGAGUUCCUCGAUGCGCUAGAUUCUAAGGACAAAGCAUGGAUCGCAAAGGCUGGCAAGCGACUUACUGAAGUCAUGACUCCUGGAGGCUCGACUAGCAGAUCUAGACUUAGAGGUGCUACUACUGCAACACCUUAUCGCGACAUUUCAGAUACACCGAUUUCGACUACGAGUACAAGAUGGAAGGACGGGACGCCGGUUUCUGUUGUGUCGACGCCUACUGCUACUCCCAGGUCGUCAGCUGGGUCUUUGAAGAAUCGCGGCCCGGAUGUGUCGAAUCUCAGUCUGAAUGCUUUUCAGACUAAUUAUACAAGCGAAGAUAACGAGUCGUUCAAUAAGGUACUGGAUAGUCAGAAUGCGAAACGGAGGGAGAAGUACGCAUGGAAAUGGAGUGGGAACAAGAUCCUGUCUGCGCGACAGAUCGCCCAUCGACAAAGAGAAGCGAAGCGGAUUGCGGAUCAGGGUGGAACUGCGAAAGGCGGCAGCAGUAAUGAACUUGUUCUGUCGACAGACUUGGAUGCUCGACCUGCAGUCCCGGAUACGUGGAAGUCUGGGGUGGAGAAUUCCUUCAUGUUCACGCCUGCCUCUGUGGAGGACCAGCAUGAGACCCGCCAACAGAAGGCGGAGGCCGCUUCGCGAGCUGGGCCUAAGCAUGUUGUGUACGGGAAUACGAGACUAGAUAAUAAUACCAACAAUAAUACGAAUAAUAGACAGGAUGGCUCCUCGGUACCUCCGUCUCCAUCCCUCUCAGCCAUCAAGGACGCAAUUGCAGGACGACUGCGUGGCACUGAUGAAUCGGCCAUGGGAGAAUACACAGGCAGUGAAACACCUCGUGUGAAUGGAUACGCAUUUGUCGACGAGGACGAACCAGAAGAAGACGACGAAUCUGUCUAUGAGCGUCUCAGGCUGCUAGCAAGCGAGGGCUCAUCCGGCGCCGACUCAGCACCCAACCCAUUCAACAUCAAAGAGAACCGGAAAAGAGAAGAGCUGCAUCAUCGAAUGGUUGACCGAGUGGCGCGGAAAAAGCGAGCCGAAAAAGCGGGCAACAUACCUCGGUUUCCUAGCAGUCCUAACCCGCUGCUCACUUCUGCCUCGCGUUUGCGCACUCCUGUUGGCGCCAAAACGCCCAAUGGGAAACCAUUAACACCGGCUGCACAAAAGCUGUUGGCCAAAGUGGGUAGCACACCGAGACAGGCGUCAUCUUCCUCCAGGUUGAGGAAUAUGUGGACUCCGACGGGGGUGACGAAAAGGAAGUAA